AUCGCGGCCAAUAUGAGCCUCACUUCGCUGCAGUCGACGGCGCAGCUCGGUCUGGCGCCGCCGCGCGUCGCCGCCUCCAAACACGCAUCAUUCACGGUGCUGCCGACAGAAUUAGUAAUGUCUCAUACUCGAAAAAUGUCCAGGGUUCGUCCUAUAGGCGUUGCCCGACACCGCGCGAAGCGUGCGCCGAAUUUCCUUCCUCGACAGCCUGUGUGAGAUGUUCUCCAUUUGCCAUGGCAAGAGGUCUGUUUCCAUGGGGGCUCUUCAGAAAGCCGCUGCACAUCCAGGCCAAAUUGUCCUACAUGCAUAUGAAGUACCUGUUCUUUUCCUGGCUGGCCGUGUUUGUGGGGAGCUGGAUAGUGUAUGUCGAGUACUCGUCCUACACAGAGCUGUGUCGUGGGCACGACUGUAAAAAUUCAAUAUGUGAUAAAUACAGGAAAGGUGUCAUCGACGGCUCGGCCUGCAGCAGCCUUUGUGAGAAAGACACGCUUUAUCUGGGGAAGUGCUUCACUGCCAAGCCCAAAAGCCAGGUGUACUCUGGCAGCUGGGGAGACCUGGAGGGUGUCAUUAAGUGCCAGAUGGAGGACGCUCCUCAUUACGAUUUGGGAAGCGAGAUGGAGCCGAGGAAGGAGACUUCGGCCUUCAACAAGCCCACCAAGGGGACCUCUGUGGAAAAGUUCAGAGAGAUGAUCCUCAACCACCUAAAGGCUAAAGUGGGCGAUCAGGCCAACAUUGCUGACCUGGCAACCCAAGUAUUGUCGAUAACAGAUGCCAACAAAGACGGUCACAUCUCGCUGCCCGAGGCUCGCUCCACGUGGGCUCUGCUGCAGCUCAAUGAAUUCCUGUUGGCAUUAGUCCUGCAAGACAGAGAGCACACGCCCAAGUUACUGGGCUUCUGUGGAGACUUGUACGUGAUGGAGAAGGUGCCACAUUCCCCCCUGUACGGCAUCAGACUUCCCUGGAUCAUCGAGGUGUGGAUUCCUGCGGGUGUGCGCCGCAGCAUGGACCAGUGGUUCACCCCCUCCUGGCCACACAAGGCCAAGAUCGCCAUCGGACUGCUGGAACUGGUCGAGGACGUUUUCCACGGCACUUUCGGCAGCUUCCUCAUGUGCGACGUGAGCGCCACCAGCUUCGGCUACAACGACCGGCACGACCUGAAGGUGAUGGACGCGCGGUACAUCGUUCCCGAAGCCAUCUUCCAAGAAGACAUCAGGCAGCAGCGCUGCGAUGCGGACGAGGAUUGCCUCUACGGGGCGGACUGCCUCACUUCCUGCGAUCUCACCAAGCACCGCUGCACACCAGAGGUCACCAGGCCCAACUUGGCCAAAGCCUGCGAGGCGCUCAAGGACUACAUCCUGAGAGGCGCCCCGUCCGAUGUCAGGGAGGAGCUCGAGAAGCAGCUGUACGCUUGCAUCGCACUGAAAGGUUCAGCUGAACAGAUGGAAAUUGAGCACUCGCUGAUUCUAAACAAUCUCAAGAGCUUACUAUGGAAGAAAAUCUCUCACACUAAAGACUCCUAAUAAAUGGGAAAGCGUUCGGGGGCAAAGACUGAUUCCUUCCCUUCCGUUCCGUUUUGAAAUAAAAUAUUGGACCGUUUUCCACCGUGGAGACAGAAGUACAUGAUUCCCCGUAUUUAUUCAUCUCGACGUGUAACUGACGUUUUAUCCUGAAGAGGUUGUCAAUGAAUGUCACCUUUCAUAUUAUAUCUUAAGUUAACUUUAUUAUAGUGGAGCAGAAUAAGCAAGUGCAAUUUCUCUGAAACUGUGACUGACAUCAAUAAAUUUGACUCAACUGUACAAAGCCUGAAUAGUGAGCGCUUGCUUAACCCUCUGCAGUGCACCAUGUAGUAGUUUGAGCCCUUGACUUCUUGAUUUACCCUUUGGUUCAACUCACUCAGACAACUUGUCUAGAACACGGCAGUUUGCAGAAAUGAUUUCAUGACUGCUCUUUCCCCCCCCCCAUACAAGCACAUCAGCCUAUAAGCCACGAUGCCAUCAAGUGGUUAAAUUACACAACACUUUCCUAUAAAAAAUAUAUAUAAUAAGGGGCUCAAGAAACCCCCGACAGUGCUAAUAAAUGACAAUACAAUAUAUGAAAAAGUACACAAGAGGACGCGACUCCUUUUCGAUAGAUUUAUUAGAACAAAUUUCCACAUGAGGAACGGAGCAGACCGACGCCUCAGUCUGCAUCCUCCUGUUCCUGCGCCCGGAGGAAGCUGGCCUUCUUCUGGGCGACGCGGUCUUUCCUCUGGGCCAGAGAGAGCUUGGCACGGUUCCACCUAGGUCACACACAAAAAAAAGCAGUUAGCAUUUGCAGUUUUUUGUAUUCAAGUGUUGCAAGUCUUAUUGUACUUUCCUGGUGUCCAAAUAAGGCUUAACUUUCAUUCCAAGCUGUACUAUACUACAGCCAUGUGGCAGAGUUGCCGUAUUCAACAGCUCAGACUGAAUACUUUACUCCAAACUUUUAAUCAAACUGGUGUGAGAUCUUAGAACAAGCCUAAACAAAUAUUUUAACACAUCAGCAUUUCUCACCUCUUCUUCUUGACUUCUUUGGGGAUCUUCUUUUCGUGGAUUGGAUUCUCACGAAUAUCAGCAUGAGCCUUUUUGUACAUUCCCUCAAUCUGAAAGAAAGACAAGACGAGUCAUCAGAAUUAUGGGUGCAAUUCAUUCUUCACUCACUCAAGAUGCAAAUAUUUGAAGUUUCAUAUCCAAGAAAUUAAGAUUUACUCGACAUUUCUCACAUAGCUUCAAACUUGUUAGCACUUUCUGUGGUCUUACCGUUUAGUCAUUUACAAUUACCAAGAUUUAACAAGCAGUCUAAAGAGGCCGUUUGUAAAUCUUGAAUCCGAGCAUUUUCUACAGAGACAAUCGUUAAAUCUCGCUCCUCUCUUGUGCCACCAGGUGGUGUUGCUUACGGCCCAAGAGUCACAAAAACAUGAAACCCUUCGACUGGAAAGAUUUGAGAAUGAAUGUUUUUAGAUGAAGCUCUGUCAAUGGGAUUAUGAUGUUAAUAAACAUGAAUUACUGGGACAAAUGGAGCCAC